AGCAAAGCUAUAAAAUAAAUCAGUUGACUCAAUUCUUCUUGACAAGCACACAACUUUGAUAACUGCAGUGAAAUAAAAAAUGUCAAAAAUAAUUUUAAUCGCAAUUUUCGUCAUCAACAUUUUAAGGUCAUCGGCAUCGCCUAUAAAAUCUCAAAAAACGUUCACAAUUCGUGAGAAAUAUGAGGAAAUUGUUGAUAGAUUCAUAAAUGACAAUGCCACUGCCAGUGCAUUUUUCCGACUCAAAGACAAAGACUGCUUGGAACAGCUAUUGAAGCUUAAAACUCUAAACACAGAAAUAACAAAAAAGUUCUGGAAAUUCGACAUCGAAGCUAUUUUAGAAGGUGCGGCAGCAAGUUGUAAUGAAGAUGCUGUAAAGGAAUCAUUUAAGAACAUGAUGAUGAUAGUUGAGCCAUUUGGUGAACGGUACCUUAACCCAAAUGUCAAUUGCUUUAAGAAUGAGCUGUACAAAUUGGAACCAACGGCAACAAUACUGGAUGGAUUCACACCAAGUCAAGAAUUAGAAAAUUCAGAAGUCUGCAAAGAAAAGGUUGGAUUAUUAAGCUCUCUAAUUGAGAAAUCAAUCAAGGCAUUAAGAAAGUCUACCGAGUAUCCACAAUGCUUAUCAGCUGCAGAUUCUUUCAACAUUAAAGUUCUGAAAUUAAAGCUUCACAUUAUUAAAGGUGAUGACAUAACCGAUCAAAAAGUAAAAGAAGAAACUCUUAAGGUUGCUAAAUAUUCUAUUUAUGGAACUAAGUCAACAUUCGAGUGCAUUAUGGAUGAGGUCAGCAAAUCUGUGUAGAAGGUUUUGUGGUAGUGAGGUUGUCAAGUGAUGUGGAUAGCUUUGGAAAUAACUGUUAAAAUAAAUUAAAGUAAACAAAAAUGUGAUUAAAAUCUUUUUAAAUUUUUCGAAAAAGAAUUUUUUUACUUUCGAAAAAGAAUUUUUUAUUUUCGAAAAUAAUUUUUUCACUUUCGAAAAUGAAUUUUUUU